AUGAGUCUUUUGGCGUCAGUUUUGCCAGGUAGAAAUGCCUCGGGUGGAUCAGCUGCAAACUCAAGGAACACUGCACAGCUGAAUGUUAAAUAUAUCAACCCCACCUUGAAAUUGGCUGAUGAUGGCCAUGAUUCGCUCCAGUUCCAAAAGGAAGCCAACGAAUCCGCAGGCUCAUCGUCGCAGACGCUGCGGUUCUACCUCCCGCUUGUUUUGGAUUCAGUCAAUGAAAUCAGCUACAAGAUCAGCGUGCCCAAUUUCGGGAACCUACCGCCUCUCCGUUUGGGUUCCAAGUACAUCACAGACUUGAUCAAGGUUGAUUCCAUGAGCCCCGGCGACUUGUACGGACCGAACAACCUCAAUAAGACAUCGGGCUUGGAUAACUACUACUUCAACUACUCCAAUGGAUUGGGUCAUUUCUCACGCUUCGAAAAGGCAUCGCAAUUGGAUUUGCCUGACAAAUUCUUCGAAGAAUACAACUUGACCGAGUGUCUGACCAAAAUGGGGCUCUUCCCUGAGAUCAGCCGCUCGUGGAUCGCUGUAGACAACAAGUUGGUGUUUUGGAACUACAAAUUGCCUCAGUCUUCCUUCAAUAAGCUGUCGCAGUUCCUCACCGUUGACCAGAUCCGUCAUUCUAUUUUGACAGUCAAGUUGGUUAAGCCCAAGGCCGGGGUUUUUGUUGCUGAAGUGAACUACUUGCUCUUGAUUGCAACCACUAUGGACAUCCACAUCUACGUUGUCAAGUACGACCAUUCGAUGAAUAACUUGGAUAUAUUCAAUCCGAACUUAUCUGUCAAUGCACAAGGUUUGAUUGUCAACCAAUUUGUUGUCAAUGACCUUACAAAUGACAUAUACUUUUCCGGAGAAGGCGAUGGUAUCAACGUUUGGAGAUUGGAUUAUACCAGCAAUGCUUCUUUCAUAAAAAAUAAGUGUGAUAAAGUCUGUCUCACGAAGAGUGGAUUGUCCUCUGUGCUUCCAAUUGGAAAAUUGUCGGGUUUUGAUUAUUUUUCCCACGAGUCUGACACUUCUUCCACGAAGAAGGAUGCAAGCCAGAAGUUGGCUGCUAUACCAGAAGCAAUCUUGCAAAUGCAAAUUGAUGCACAGAGAAACGUUCUUUAUGCCCUUUCAAACAAGUCUGUCAUCAGAGUCUAUAAAUUGGCACCGGGCCAAGAGCAAUUCCUGCAGCACAGCCAGUUAACACCAUCUGAGAUCUUUAAAUCCAUUAACCUGAUGUUUAGCGAUACCGCAAACAUCAAAUCUUUUCUGAGAUUCAAGAUUGUGAGCAUCCAACUCAUCUCCGAACAAGAAUCUUCAAAUGUUCAACUCAUUGCAUCCACCAACUACGGAAAUCGUAUUCUCCUUAAAUUGGGUGCUACUUCUACAUACUCCAGCCUCUUAUCUGCAUCAUCGAGAUCUUCUGCCUCCGUGAAAUUGUCCGUGGUUACAAUGAAGUUUCCUCCAGCAAAAGAGGAGCCAAAACUUAACCCUGAGUUGGACUCCUUCACCAGAAUCAAGCUGUAUGUGGCACUGAUGGUUGCCAACCAACAGAACUCCGAACUCUUGAAAGACACUAAAUUUACCAAGAUCAUAAGUCCUGGAGUAUUUUUGGCAGUAAAGAAGACUAAGGGCUCUGACAAAUUGUUCAUCAGCUCGGUUAAUUACGGCUUCUUAAAGCACAACAACAAGUUGGUGGAAGACGCAGAGUUCGCAACAGUUGGAACGACAUCCAAGCAGGGCUCGUCGGAAUCUCCUGUUUACAUUCAUGACAUAGUGCAACUUACGCCUUCUAUGAAUGCUUCGAACACUCCAAAUGGGUACGCUAACGUACUCGCCUCACAAUACACCAAGAAGCCCCUUCAGUUUGCCGUUUUGACCAACUACGGAAUCAGCAUUUAUCAAUAUCGCCCUUCCGACCAGAUCAUCAGCUCCUUGAAGGAUGAAGUCAUUGAAAACUUCAUUGAAGAAAAUGGCUACGAAGAGACUUGCUCCACGUUGUUGUAUUUGGCUUGUUCAUACGGCCACCACAACUCGAACGAUCUCUUCAAGAGAAAAGCAUCAUUAUUGUUUUCCCAUGCUGGAAACAAUGCCAGAUUGAUGGAGAAUUCUCAGUCUGCAAAUUCUGGACUGGCCCACAUCCCCAUUCAACCUUCUGAAAGUCAACCAAUGGUGGAACAAGUUGUCUUGAGUGACAGAUUUUACGGAAGUUGUUUGUUGAUUUCCCGUUUGUUCAGAGACUACUGGAAUAGAAAGGUUUUUGCUCCAUUACCAAACAUUAAGAUACUUGCAAACGGUUCAGUUGAUGUAUCGACUGUAAAGGAAGACAAUCUUUUAAUCAAGGGCCUUGCAAUAGAGAAGACACAAGUGGAAUACUUCAUUGGCUCGGUGAUUGUGCUUUUGGAGUUUUUCGAGGAGAAUAUCAACCGAAUUCCUGGACUCAAUGCUCCAAGCUUCAGCUCUGACCCAACUAAAAUUGAUCAUGAAGUAUGCUCGAGAGCCGAGCAUAUUGCCUUUACUUCCAUUCUCAGAUCUCUCAACUCGAUGAAGGAAGCUCUUUCGUUUUUGAUGGUUCUCAUUGAAGAGACACAGACCAAUCAAAACAACAUCAAUGAGAUAUUUAAGUUUUUGUCACUUACCAACCAAUUGAAUUUGCUAACAUUGUCGUUCAAAGAUUUGUUGUUGCCUUCGCUCGAAGUCAAGAACUUGAUCAAGGACUUACUUUCUUCCAUCAUCAACAAAAACAUUCUAAAAGGUGGAUCUAUUGAUCUAAUUGCGUCUUCAUUGCAGGGUCGUUGUGGAUCAUUCUGCUCUACUGACGAUGUCUACAUUUUCAAGGCAAUAGAAAACUUGACUCGUGCAAAAAACAUUGGACACAGAGACAACGAAUUGAAGAUAAAAUGCUUGAAUAAUGCCGUGGCCCUUUUUGAGCAAGCUAGUGACUCGCUUACGGUGGAGAACAUCGAAAACUCAAUUGACAUUAUGUUGUCGUUGGAUUUUUACACUGGUGCUGUGGACUUCUUGCUAAAGCUUGCAAAGAGAUUGUACGGUGUUCCUAAUGCCACUUCGAAUAAAAUGAUAGUUUCAAACGGUCAAAACCAAAACACAAGUGUGAAUGACAAGCUUGCUGAUAACAAGAAAAAGAGACUCCAGCUCUAUGACCUCAUUUUCAAGAUUUUGACCAAGUUGGAUGUUAAGGCAAUCAAAAUUCGUGAAACUAACAACCAACUUAUGAUCAACGAGUUCAAUGAGGUCAGAGAUUUGACAUACGAAUCGUGUUUUGCAUCCAGUGACAAGAACUUCCAUUACGAGUUCUAUCAGUGGUUCAUCAACCAGGGAUGCAGUGAGCGACUCUUGACAGUGGAUACUCCAUACGUGCUUCCCUUUUUGCAAGAGGUAUCGCAAGAUAACCUUGCUUUGACGGAGAUAAUGUGGUUGUAUCAUGCCAAGAGGGAAGAGUACUUUCCAGCUGCUAAGAUUCUAUAUUCACUUGCUAUUUCUCAGUUCAACUUGACCUUGAAAGACAGAAUCGAGUAUUUGUCUAGAGCAAACGGAUUCUGCAAUUGCACAUGCCCUCCAGCUUUGAGACAGCAGAUGAUCCAACUUUCCACUGUUAUUCAUGAUCUAUUUGAGGUCGCCAAUGUUCAAUUGGAUCUUUUGAAUGUCAUUUUACAAGACAAAAGAAUCAACAAGGAGAACAGAGAGGUUGCCUCACAGGCAUUGAACUUCAAGAUCCAGUCUGCCAGUGAGCUAUUCAAUGGGUAUGCCGAUCCUUUGGGCUACUACGAGAUUUGCUUUGUCAUUUUCCGUAUUUCGGACUACAAAAAUCCAGACGACAUCUUAAAGAGAUGGGAGUUGUUCUUUGAGCGCAUUUAUUUUGACUUCCAAGCCAACUCAGAAUCCAAGCCUUUAUACAUGUUGAUUGGCGAAUCGUUGAGCACCAUCGGACCGAAAUUGGUCUCAAACGAUGUGGUCUUCCCCGUGCAUAAAUUGGUGAAGUUGACAUGCAAAUACAUCCAGAGCGCGAUCGAACAUGCUUCCUCGCAAACACCACCUGAGGGUGCUGUCGUCGAGAUUUUCGUCAAGGCAGGUGUUCCCUACGACAAGUUGUACGUCACGAUCAAGUCAUUGAUUGAACACAAUUCCUACGAUGUGGAUGUCGGCUUUGCCAAGUCGCUUAAGAAAGAAAUGGUUUACUUGAUUCGCUCAUGGUACAGCGUCGAUAAGAGAUUAAAGACAGGUAUCCCAAGUGACAAGAUUGCCACUUUGAGCGAAUACUCUAUUGUCAAUGAUCCUAUUGACCAAUGGGUCAGGACACAGAACACAUUCAUAUAG